AUGGAUACUAGUACGAGUAUGCAUACUAAGACUAAUGAUGAAGGUACUGCCGAGUCUCCUAUUCUGUUGGUUGACGAUCAAGUUUGGAUUGUCCAGAUUCUGUCAUGUGUGGGUGUUGGACAGUAUGCUUUCCUAGGAGCUGUCAACAAGAAGAUGAAUCAACUGUACAAAGAGUACUCCAAGACUGAACUAGAUAAAAAUCCAAGAAUGGUAAAAGAUGACCCUGGACAGUAUUCUCCCAGUCGCUCUGCAGAAAUCACCGAUACUCUUUACAGCGAAACAUUCUGUAGCCAGCCCCGGGCAGAAUUCUGGCUUGAGGACAAUUCCAUCCAGAUGACACCUAACCGUGGUCGUGUUUGCACUGCCAUUGCAAAAAUUAAAAAUAUUACUGUCAUGCAGUGGGCACGCCAACAAGGAUUCCCAUGGAAUAACGACACAUGUGCCAGUGCUGCUGAAAAUGGGCAUUUGGAAAUGCUCCAAUGGUUACGAAAGAAUGGUUGUCCAUGGAAUGAAUAUACAUGCAAGGCUGCUGCUUCAAAUGGCCAUUUGGAAUCUUUAAAGUGGGCUCGUGCAAAUGGUUGUCCAUGGGAUGAAAAUGCAUGUGCGGCUGCUGCUCUGGAUGGCCAUUUGGAAAUUUUAAAGUGGGCUCGUGAAAAUGGUUGUCCAUGGGAUGUGUGGACAUGUGCUCUUGCUGCUUCAAGUGGACGUUUGGAAAUUCUAAAGUGGGCUCGUGAAAAUGGGUGUCCAUGGGAUGCAGAGACGUGCGCCCAUGCUGUUGAAGGUGGGCAUUUGGAACUUGUAAAGUGGGCUUGUGAAAAUGGCUGUCCAUUGGAUGAGUUUACAUGUUCCUGUGCUGCUCGAAGUGGUCAUUUGGAAAUGCUCCAUUGGUUGAAGGAGAAUGGUUGUCCAUGGAAUGAACGGACAUGUGCUGCAGCACUGCUCGAAACGGACAUUUGGAAAUUUAAAGUGGGCUCGUGA